AUGCCGUCAACAAGUGCGACGCCCACUCUCCCGCCGAACGUCAGUAUUUUCUCGCCGGCAAACCCAGCCACGGCCAAAGCUCUGCUCCAGGGCCGCCUUUUCACGCGCAUCACAACCAGCGCCGGCACGGAAGCGGCCCGAUUGGCAAGGGCUCUGGAGCAGCACGCGCCCGGCGGCCGGGGCCAUUUCCUCACGCACAAGAACGUCGUUUUGAUAUUCGACGGCGCCGGCGCCGGGCAGCAGGCCGCGGACGUGGAGGGCGCACACCAUGAGCACUUUCGCCUCGUGUGCCUCGCGCUCAAGGAGGCCGACAUCGGCAUCGACGUUGCGGGGUGCGUCUUCGACAGCCCAGAGGUCUCGCAGGCGGGCUUCCAGCUCGACACGCUGAGUUCGGGGUCUGUUUUGGUCAUUGACCUCAUGGGCGGGGAGGAUGAUGAUGACUCGGAUGACGGCGCCGAUGGACUGGCUGGCCGAGCCAAGGGAGAUAUGGGCGCUACCCUGUCUUAA